AUGCCUAUCCUCAAGGCUAACGCCCGCCCCGCUGCCUCCAUCCGCGUCGAACGCGUGAUCAAGGAGAAGAAGGGUCCCCUCCAACCCUCCGGCGGCGGCAUCAAAAAGCUCACAUACAACACCAUCCGCGGUUCCUCCUCCUCCUCUUCUUCUUCCAACAACAACACCGCCCGCGGUGCAAACACCUCGGUCCCUGCCACCAUCACCACCGCCUCUGCCUCCUUCUACGCUCUCCCCCUGAAGACUGUCAAGGCAGGUAGGGUCGACAAGAUCGCCAGAACCGCCGCCAAAGUCGCACCUAAGACCAAGGCGGCAAAGGCCACCAUCACCAAGAAGAUCGUCACCGCCGCCUCCAUCCCCGGCCUGAUGCCCAUCUCCAGCUUCGGCAGCAGCGCCUCCAGCAUGCGCGCCGCCAUCGUCCCCGCCCCUCGCGAGGACAUCGCCCGCGACUCCAUCGAGUUCAGGGCAUCAUCAUCAUCAUCCCCUCCUCCUCACCGGGUCGCGGCUGGCGUUCCUUGCUACCCAACGCCAACCCCGACCCCCGAGCCUGCUAAAUCAACCAAAGCCUGCCUCGAGUCGGCCCUCCACGCCAUCCCCGGCCUGGACUUCACUGGCAGGGCCCUCACCAUCCUCCCCUCGGUCCAGAAAGAACUCGUCCAGGCAUUCGGCCUCGACAAGAGCAACGCCCCGCCUCGCUCAGUGGAAGACUACCUCGUCGAGGUCCUCCGCGCCUGCCUCCGCCGCCGGGACAGCUAUAGGUCAGAGGCUCGCUCGCGGGCGGUCGGUCUUGGGCGCGGUGACCGCGACCUCUUCUUCUUCAGCGAGGUCGCCUUCGCCCUGGACUCACUCCACGCCACGGAUCAGAUGUGGGCGUCGGGAUAUGAGCUAGCGGGCCUGCGACCUCGGGCCAUCAUGGCCCUCGUCGAUGCUGUGAUGGUCGCGAGGGUCAGGUUCGCCGGUGAUGAAGAGACUGAGCUCACAGUCCUCAUCAAGAUCUGGGCUGAGGUCAAGGAGAGCAAGUCCAUCUAG